AUGGGCGUGGAUGCAGUAACUGACAGGGCUGACCAGCUCUUCUACGUGCGCCACCUACGUCCACCGGAGAUGGACACGGGCACAGUGGCUGAAAAAUCUAAACGGUCCGUCUACCUCUACUUCACAGAUGGGAACCACAUAAAGGUCACAUUAACAGGGAACUACUGCAACCUAAAGCCCGUCCCUGGGAAGGAGCAGGCCGUCGUAUCAACUAACAACCUUCCAAGUCACGACAUUGGUGUUUACAGUGUUGAGCUGGGGUAAACAAAUGGUUCUUUGCUUGUUGACACCGUCAACAUCGCGCUUAACAAAGCAGUCAUAGAUUGGAUACAGUUUGUUCGGUUGGAUAUCGGAUGCUGAUACUGACUGAUUUGUAAACGACACCUGGACGAAAAACUGGAAAGACUUAAUACCUCCACGUCAAAGAACAGACGGUAAAGGACUGACUUUAAUAGGUUACGUAGAUUAAUUUUGUUUUUCGUGUGUAGUCAAACAUCAUGUAUUCGGGACAUCCCCAAAACUCCUCAGGCCGUGAGUGGGUGCAAAGCUCAGCUGACUUUGUAGAAGCAUGUUAUUAACUUCAAGAAUUCGACAUCUUGGGGGUUUGUCUUGGCCACUACAUGCUAGCUGACUGAAGAGGCUUUAUUUCUCGAGCAAACCGAAAUGGCCCAAUAAGACACAAAAUCGUGCAAAAAUGGGUGUUGCCCUCAGUAUGAAGUUUUAAUGAAAGGCUGCCAGUUGACAGUGGCAAUUGUCGCCUUCCUGGUUUUUUGUAUGUUCAUGUCCCAGUGGAGUUAAUUUAAGAUCGUUUGCUCACGGCUACCUCAUGCACUGGUAUUUGCUCGCUUUCGCUCAUAUUUUUCUGCACUUUCAAGUCCCGUCUCCAUUUGUUUCUUGCUGUCCCAUUGUUAUCCUCGUUUUGAGGAUCAUUAUUUUUGUCGCGCCGCCUCGACCGCCCCUGUUCAUCGCUCUACUAGCUGUUCUGCCCUAAUCCCUUCCUAGCUUUGUCUCAGCUUGGCAUGAGUUCUUCACCCGUCCAAAUUCCUAGAAAAAAACAAUAAUCAUCCACGGAUCAGAGAUAAGUAAUAUAUUUGGACAGGCACUUUAAGAAGUCAAGGAGACUGUUGUUCGUGUUUCACAACGUGCAAACACUAACACUGUCGGUCACAAGACCCUGAGACUAUCCCUGAAAGUGAUGAAACUGUGGUCUUCUACAGAUGUCCGAAAUUCCGGAAGGGUGGGGCUAUAAAGACGGAGACCCGAUCAUUAAUGAUAAUUAGCAAAUGUCUGUUGACGGACUACAAAUGUCUAAGAAGCACUAUGCAAAUUGCGACAGUAUAAAGACGGAACCCUUCGGCUAAGGAGGAUUUCAGCCUUUUCGUUGUUCGGCAACGACAACGGGCCAGGAUUUUGGAGAGCAACGUGUGUAGCUAGCGGUCAAACGCUAUUAAAAGAAUUAUGUCAGGAGCGUGAUUAACGCGUGCGAGAAAUAGGUGGGGUUUAAAAUUUUAAAAAGGUGCAGUUGUCUUGACCGAAAUAAUUUUAGAGAAGUUGCACACACAAACUGGUUGAAAAUCGAUGUCGCGGUCUACAUACACACCUCCAUCUAGUUUUAUACUUGAUUGGAUGAGGAGUAAAUUAAAAGAUGUUGCCAAAUAUCGGAAAAUUUAAACGCGCUAAGUUUUAAACAUCGAACGCCUGAGUGGUUCUUAAUUAAGGUAGUUAAUGGGUAUAUAAAACAAUAAAGCGCCGUCUAAAAACAGCGAAAUCGGUCGACAUUUUGAUUAAUUAAGCUAUUUUUCUCUCGACUUGAUUCUGAUCAGCACGGGCUUUUUAGUGGUAACGCCAGACCCUUUUGAAUAUAAACGGUCUAUACAGGUGUUGCACUGAAUCGACAGGAGAGGUAAAUCAGUUACGUUGCGCAUUACGUGACUGCGCAAAUCACAAUAUGGACGUAUUAUUGCACAUCUAGGCGCAGUAUCGCGCCGAGUCACUCACCUUCGCCUGCUCCCAACCUCAAAUUGUCUUGACCCUGUUCUGACAUUUGGUCUAGGUUUUAUGAAGAAGAAAAAGAGCGCACAGCAGAUGUAACGUUAGUCUACUAUUAUUAGACAAUAGUUCACGCGCAAGUCGUGGUCCCUGCGACCGUUAUGCCGUGUGUCGCGCAGAUGGUAUCACCGGUGGCGUCGGUCGGACUGUCGAAUAAUCACGCCGAAGAAGUACCUCCGCUGUUCGGUACAUUUCCUUGCUUUUUAUGAUUCUUAGAUGUUUUUUUAAAAGUCAGUCAUAGGAAGUCAGUUAUAGGGAGAAGUUUGCGUGUCUACAGCAAAAGCAACGUAGACGAUUUCGUUCGGUACAAUGGCCGCAGAUAUGUUUGUCCCAGCAACUGAGUCCGUGCUUUUAAAGCCAGAUUUAAGUUGCGAAAUUCUGAAAAUAAUUAUCGUAGCUCCUGCUACUGCGAGAUCUGUGUACGUAGGGUUUUCGCGGCACAUGAGAAUUUGAGGUCCAAAUCCUACCACACCUUUAUGCACAAGUACAGCGUUGCGAAAGCACUCCAACUGCAUUUCUUUCCGUGGAUGGAAAUUCACAAAUAACAGGCACAUGUCUCACGCGUCUAUAACUGAUCUCCGAACAAAAAGCUAAGUUCACGAGUAGAAUCGACCGUGCGAGACUUGGGAAUCUGUUUCAAAGAAGAUGAAUGCGCGAUCACUGGGACAGUACAUUUAUUAGCCUGAGCUUCCGGUCUCGUACGGGGUUCCAUUAUCAGAGACUGUGAGAAUGCGACGCCAAGUGAACAGUUAUCAAACAAAAAGGGGUAGGGUGGCACACGACAUUCUUCGCAAACCGCUCAAAGGGAAAGACGAGGAGACGGGGAGACCUAUAAAGGCCGACCACUUACCGCAAACCCUUCACUGUUGCCAACAAGCCUCUUUCGCCUUUAGUGGCAGAACAUACAAGCUGAUCAAAGGAACGCCGAUGGGUUCCCCGAUAUCCAGCCUGAUUGCGAAACUAAUCCUACGAGACCUGGAAAAAGUCGCCUUCGUCCACUAUGAACCCGCGUUUUGGCACCGGUACGCAGACGCGUUCGUUAUAUCUGAAAGGAUUAAACUUGCAGACUUUCAAGACCUGCUUAACAGCAUCUUCCUCGAUAUUCACUUCACAAGGGCAGACGAGAAUGCCGAAUAA